AUGUCCUGUUGCAACACCUGCUCCACCAGCUUCUGUGGCUUCCCCAGCUGCUCUACUGGAGGGAACUGUGGAUCUAACUGCUGCCAGGAGAGCUGUGGAACCGGCUGCUGCCAACAGGGAGGCUGUGGGACUGGCUGCUGCCAACAAGGUGGCUGUGGAACCUGCUGUGGACCCAACUGUGAGACCAUCUGCAGGACCAGAUGUUACCAACCUGAGUGCUGUGGAGUGAGCAGCCGUACCAGAUGGUGCCGCCCAGACUGCAGGGUUGAGGGCACUUGCCUGCCACCCUGCUGCGUGGUCAGCUGCACUCCCCCAUCUUGCUGCCAGCUCCACCAUGCCCAAGCCUCUUGCUGCCGCCCAUCCUAUUGUGGUCAGUCUUGUUGCCGUCCAGCCUGCUGCUGCUACUGCUGCCAGCCUACCUGCUGUGAGUCCACUUGCUGUGAGCCCACCUGCUAA